AUGGUCUCCUGUGUUCACGUCCUGCAGCAGUUAACAGGCACACUGGCUCUGGCUGUGUUCACAGCAGCUCUUGGUUCUCUGCAAAUAGGAUACAGUUUGGGAGUCAUCAAUGCACCACAGAAGGUCUCAUGUCAUUUUGUGUUGAAGGUCAUUGAGAAGCACUAUGCUAGAUCUCUAGGUGUCUACAAUGAAGAGCUGACUCGUACUGAGGGAGCUAACAAUACGACACAUGAAGAUUCAACCCAUCCUUCUGUGGUCAUGUACUGGUCUUUAUCAGUGGCCGUGUUCUCCAUCGGAGGCAUGCUGUCAUCCUUUCUAGUGGGCUUUGUUAGUGACUUCCGUGGAAGGAUCAAAGGUAUGCUGGCUAUAAAUGUCCUGGCCUUAACUGCAGGGUUGCUCAUGGGUCUGGCUAAGAUGGGCACACCUCACCUCAUGGUGAUAGCAGGACGUGCUGUCAUGGGACUGUAUUGUGGGUUGGCAUCUGGCUUGGUGCCCAUGUACAUUGGAGAGAUUUCCCCAGUGAAGUAUCGAGGGGCUUUGGGAACCCUCCACCAGCUGGCUCUUGUAACUGGCAUCCUUAUUAGCCAAGUCAUUGGUCUUGAUUUUCUGCUGGGAAAUGAUGACAUGUGGCCAGUGUUGCUGGGUGUGUCUGGAGCCCCGGCCAUCCUGCAGAGUUUACUGUUGUUUCUGUGUCCCGAGAGCCCGCGUUACCUCUACAUCAAAGUAGGCGAAAAGGAAGAGGCAUGCAAGAGUCUGAGAAGGUUAAAGGGGGAUUACGACAUGUCAAAGGACAUCUCAGAGAUGCAGGCAGAGAAGGAAGAAGCCAUGAAAGAACCCAAAAUGUCCAUCCUGAGGCUUCUUCGUGCCUCUGUGUAUCGCCAGCAGCUCUUUGUGGCCCUCAUGAUGCAUUUAUCACAGCAGUUCUCAGGGAUUAAUGCUAUCUUUUAUUACUCCACUGCGAUCUUCCAGACAGCGGGGGUCGGUCAGCCCGUGUAUGCCACCAUUGGAGUGGGAGUUCUAAACAUCAUUUUCACCCUCGUUUCGGUGGUUUUGGUGGACAGGACAGGCAGACGGACUCUCACUAUGGUUGGUUUGGGAGGAAUGUGUUGCUGUACCGUAGCCAUGACGUUGGGCAUGGCUUUACAGGAUGUUUACUCAUGGAUGAGCUACGUCAGUAUGACAGCCAUAUUCCUGUUCGUGUCAUUCUUCGAGAUUGGGCCAGGACCGAUCCCAUGGUUCAUUGUGGCUGAACUCUUCAGUCAAGGGCCACGUCCAGCGGCCAUCGCAUUAGCUGGCUGCUGUAACUGGACUAGCAAUUUCAUUAUUGGCAUGUUUUUCCCUUAUUUAGAGGGGAUUUGUGGGAGCUACGUCUUCGUAAUCUUCACGGUACUUCUGUUCGGGUUCACUGUUUUUAUCUACUUAUGUGUGCCUGAAACAAAGGGGAAGACUUUUGAGGAGAUAGCGGCUGUCUUCCAGCGCAAGCGAGACACUUCCCACUCCAAAGCUCAAGUUGAGACUGAGUUGGAGACGCUUAAGAACUCUACAGAGGCUUAAAGAUGGUCAUUAGUCGAGAUGAACCAGAUUCUAAGGAAACUGGAAUGAAGAACGUUAUUGCUUCUCACACUGAGAGCUCAAUCGUUUGUAAAUAAAUGGCCUAUUGUCACAUCUAAACACAACAGCAUACAGUACACAUGUAGUAAGCAACAUACACAGGGUAGCUUGACUUUUGAGCAUUUGAUGUUGAAUUUAUUGAGACUUAAUUUUAUACAUUAUAAAGUAUAUUGUUUAACUCGUUUAUCUUGUGUAGUACAAGUCAUUUUUGAAAGCAAGGUGAUGGUCACAUUUGCAAGUAAUAGUUUUUUUGUGUGUUAUAGAAUACUUGCAAUGAUUUGAAUUCAAGUGCUCUUUCAACUAUAUAAAUAUGUAUCAUGUAUACAUACAGUGGCUUGCAAAAG